GCGCGUGGGUCUCAGAUCUCAGUCUCUUGAGUUUUAACAAGCUCUCUUGAAGGCACGGCUGGAAUAACCUGAGCUCCCCAUCUUACGUUCUCUUUGGUCCUAUCUGCCAGUGAUAGCUAUCCGAGCGAACCAGACGUGCACCCGAAACAGGGCUAUAGCAUCCCAGUGCAAGAAUGGAAGCGUUUCAGCUUCUCUCUCGUGGAGGCGCCAGGUUUGACAAGAAACGGUUUAAGGGGGAUGUGCAGCUCUUCGACGUAGAAAGCGAAGCAGGACAAGGGCAAGGCGGUCGCACGAGCCCCCGAGGCGACCUGCCUGCAGAGCUAGACUUCUUCAAGUAUGCUCAGGGUGGUUCGGCUAAGCGUCCAGCAAAGGCAAAUGACUCUGGUGAUGGUGAUGCGAGUGGAGAGCCGUCAGAUCGACGGAAGAAGCGGAAGCUGGACAAAGGAGAGGCGGAGGAGGCAGAGGUGUCCGACGAAGACGACCCGCCCAUGCCGCGGCACCGUGUCACCACGAAGGGCUCGAAUCAACUGCAGGAGCGGUACCAGACACCGUCUCACCUACUCGCGAAUUUGACGCAGAGCGGGUACAAGCGACCCACUGGUAUACAGUCUCAUGGUAUACCAAUUCUCAUGGAGUCCCGGGAUGUUGCUGCUAUAUCUCCCACCGGUACUGGUAAAACGUUAUCGUACCUGCUCCCCGUCAUGUCCCUCCUAGGCUCGCCCCUUUCUCGGACGAAAGCUGAGUUCGGGACGGGCGUCCGCGCGCUCAUCGUCGCUCCGACUCGUGAGUUGGCGCACCAAAUCCAUAACGAGUGUCUCAAGCUCGCUCAGGGUCGGAAGUGGAGAAUCGUGCUCUUCAGUAAGGCGACGGCUAGCACUCUGGCGGACAAAAGCGUCCGAGACAAAGUUGACAUUAUCAUCAGUACUCCUCUGCGAUUGGUCUCGGCUCUCCAGGCAGGCGGUCUGGAACUUAAUAACGUCCGACACGUGAUUCUGGAUGAAGCGGACCGUAUGCUAGACACAGAGUUCCUGUCACAAGUUCAAGAAGUCAUUGCAGCGUGCACACACCCAGCGGUCCAGAAGGCUGUGUUCAGUGCGACGCUCCCAGCGGGCGCAGAGAAAGUCGCCAUGAGCAUGCUGCGAGAUCCGAUACGAGUGGUGGUAGGGGACACGCCGCUGCCGCUCAUCGCACAGUCGCUCACCUACGUGGCGGAUGAUCCGUCGAAGUUGCCUACCCUUCUUCAAUACCUGUCACAGCCGUACAAUCCACCGCUCCUCGUGUUCGUUUCGACACAGCCGCGCGCGACGUCUCUGGCAGAGGAACUGGUGCUCAAUGGAGUACCUAACGUCGAUUGCCUGCACGCCGGUAUGACUCACAAGGAGCGGGAAGAUGCCGUUUCUCGCAUGCGGCGUGGGGAAAGCUGGGUCAUGGUUAGCACGGAAGUCAUGGCGCGAGGCAUGGACUUCAAGGGCGUCAGAGAAGUCAUCAAUUAUGACUUCCCACAGAGCGUUCAGAGUUAUGUCCAUCGAAUCGGUCGCACGGGACGCGCUGGGAGAGAGGGGAAGGCGAUAACGUACUUCACGAAUGAGGACGCGCCGUUCCUCAAAACGAUUGCCAACGUACUCCUCCAAUCUGGUUCCUCAGUCCCGGAGUGGAUCCUGAAGCUUCCAAAGCCUUCAAAAAUGAAACGGCGUCAGAUGGGCAAGGUAAAGCGCGCAGAAGUGGUAAAUAAUGCAAGUAGGGUAGGACGGAAUGAUGCUAUCAAGAAGAGGGAUAUGAUUGCGGGUUCAAAAAGACGAAAAGAGAAGGUAGGGCAGGGAAGAGAGGAGUCAAUUCCAGAAGAGGGUUCUCACAGCGAGGGGACAGGCGCGUAACGGGACGGUGCAUAGUGCUGCUAGUGUACAGAUCGCACAUUUCAACGUCAUGUUUUCAUAUACGCCACUGGUCCCUAUGGUAGAGUGUGAAUCAUUAAACAUC